AUGGCCCCGACCAACCUCACAUUCGCCCCAGAGUUGCUCCUCCUGGGCUUGAUGGAGGGAACCGACGCCCACCCACUGCUGUUCCUGCUUAUCCUUGGCGUCUACCUACUCAACGCCCUGGGCAACCUGAGCAUGGUGGUGGUGGUGAGGACCGACAGGGCCCUCCGCUCCCCCAUGUAUUACUUCUUGGGCCACCUGGGCCUCGUGGACAUCUGCUUCGCCACCGUCACGGUGCCCAGGCUGCUGGCCGGCCUGCUCCGCCCGGGCCAGGCCGUGUCCUUCCAGGGCUGCUUUGCCCAGAUGUACUUUUUCGUGGCCCUGGGCAUCACGGAGAGCUACCUCCUGGCGGCCAUGUCCUACGACCGCGCGGCCGCCGUCUGCCGCCCCCUGCGCUACGGCGCGCUGGUGACGCCGGGGCGCUGCGCCGCGCUGGUCGGCGCGUCCUGGGCCGUGGCGCACCUGCACGCGCUGCUGCACACGCUGCUCAUCUCCGCGCUGCGCUACCCGCGCCGCUCUCCGGUGCGCCACUUCUUCUGUGACAUGACGGUGAUGCUGAGCUUGGCGACCUCGGACACGUCGGCCGCGGAGGCCGCCAUCUUCUCCGAGGGCCUGGCCGUGGUGCUGACCCCGCUGCUGCUCGUGUCCCUGUCGUACGCGCGCAUCCUCACCGCCGUGCUGGGCGUGCGCUCGGCGGGGGGUCGGCGCCGCGCCUUCUCCACCUGCGGGGCCCACCUGGUAGCGGUGUCGCUCUUCUUCGGCUCGGUCCUCUCUGUCUAUUUCCGGCCGUCGUCUGCCUACUCGGCCAGCUAUGACCGCGGGGCCAGCAUGGUCUAUGCGGUGGUCACGCCGACCUUGAACCCUUUCAUCUACAGCCUUCGCAACAAGGAGGUCAAGGGCGCUCUAAAAAGGGGCCUCAGAUGGAAGGCUGCACCCCAAGAGGUGUUCCAGGAGAAGGAUGCCAUUCUUUCAUUGUGUAAGAGCAGAAACAGGCUUAGAGAAAUCAAGCAGCUUUUCCAGAGUCAAAAGAAUACAAGGCACCAACUGAAUGAGGCAUUGCAGAGAUGAGAAGGCACCUGUCUUCAAGACCCUUGCAAGAAAAGACAUAAAGCAAGCAUCGACUAAUUUCGGCACCGUAUUUCAGAGGAGAAAAUAUAUACCUGGGGAUCCUAAAUAGAUUGUAAUCCUUCUGUCA